CGUCGUUACAUCGUGUCGAUCGGCGUUUUUGAAUUUUUUUUUAUUUUACGAACCCUAACCUAAACGAACGCCAAACAGAAUACAGAUUACAGAUCGUUUCCAAAGUGAUAACACUUAGACUCGAAAUUGCUAAUUACCAGUUUUUACUGGUUUCGAAUCUUCGAUCGUUUCAUUUUUAAUUCACUUACUUUUCGUUUAGAAUCGUUAAUAUGAAGAAAUAGACUGAAGAGUACAAUUUACUGUCAUCAAUUCAUUCAACCUGAGAUAUUAUGGAUCUGCUCAAGAAGUAUUUUAGUAACGAUUCUUUAUUUCCUUUCGUUACAGAUUAUAUCACAAAUUAUUUUAACUAUAUAAAUGAAAAACCAGUACCUUCAAUCCUAGCACCUAUAACAAUAACUCUAUUCUGUUACUAUGUCUACAUUUAUGUGAGAAAAUUUUAUCCAAUAUACGUAAACUGUUGGUUUUGCAAUGCCAAUUUUAAAGUUGCUUUUGAGGAUCGAUUUGAAUAUUCAUGCAUUGAAUGUGGACAGUUUAAUGGUUUUAAAGAGGAUGGAAGCUAUAGUAAAUUAAUUCCUGAGCAACACGAUCAAAGAUACAACAAGGCAGUUUUUUCUGUUAUCCGAGAAGAUGUUCAAGAAAAUAAAAAUGGUUUAUGUCAUAAAUGCAAUAUUUUUCAAGAAAUGAAGGUGAAACAAUUAGCUUGUUUCAUCCCAACAAAAGAAAAAAAUUUUGACAGAGAAAUUGAAAAAUUCAAAGAAAACUUGGAAGCAACAUUAAAAUUAUGUUCCAAAUGCAAUCAAUACACUCAAAAAGUACUAUUACUACAAGAACAACGUUACAACUUGAGAUCAACUAGAAUAAAUAAUAAUCAAAAAGGUAUGCAAGAUGUUGGUGUUUGGCCCAAUUUUUGUUCAAUAUCUUUAUCAUUUAUUGUAUUUAUAUUCUCUUCUGGUGUUGAGAACUAUUUGGAUAAUUGGGUAGCUCAACAUUUAGACCCAUUGAUUUUCCAGAAUAGUGCUGUAACACUAACGCGCUCAAUUGGAAUUAUUAGCCUAGGUGGUACAUUAUGCCAAGUUUAUCACUGUUUGAGUACAUUGGACAAAUUGAGUGCCAUAACCAUGUUACUAUGGUCAUUAUUAUGUGUUAUCAAUAAUUUUGAACAUUUUGAACAUUUAAAACUUAAACUUCUCAUUUCGGCAAUUAUUGUACUUCUAUCAUCUGUAUCUGUACUCAGAAAUUUGACAAAAAAACAAAAAAUUGAACAAAAGAGUAUUAAACUGGAGGAUGAAGUAUACAGAAUUAAUAAUACAAAUUUUAAUGAUACAAGUGCAAAUGGAUCAUAUAAAAACAGUGAUGAAUCAGAAAUGAUGGACAUUGAUCACGUUGAGGAGUUACCUAAAGGUCGAAAGAAGACAUUGAAUAAGACUGUUGAUAAUCUGUUCCAAGGGAUGAAACUUAAUGAAAACGGUGGUUUUAGAAAUAAUAUACUUCGACCACCAAAGUUUUCAAUGCCUGUUAAACGAGACAAGUUUCCAGGGUAUGCGGAGUGUUCUCCUGGAUAUUAUUCUUCAUAUUCGGUGAAAGACGAUUAUGAUUUUGAUACACAGAGCAUUUACUCUCAACACAGUUAUAGACCACAGUAUCCACCAAUGUGUCUCCAGCCUGUUUCACCAUAUCCAUAUUAUGCUCCACCACACCACCAAAAUAGUCCUUUGAACUUAUCGCACUCGUCAAACACUUCAAACAUACAGCAUACUUCAGAAUGGCCAAAGAUGUUGAUGUACUCAAUUCCUGGAGUUAUAUUACUUGCUCUGCAAUGUUACCUGUUGCACGACAUUAAAGACUAUAUGAAACACAAGUGAGAUUAGAUUUAAGCAUAUUUUAAUAUUAUAAUGAACUGGACAUUAUUUUGUAAAUAUUAACUGUAACACUGCUAUUGUUGUAUCUUAAAUAUGUUAGUGUUCUUGUUGUAUAAAGACUGUUAACAUUUAUUAUUAUAUCGUUAACAUUAUUGUAAGAAAAUUGGUUGUUAAUUUUUUUUUUUCUAUCGCAUAAACUUGUCUGUAUAAACUUUAAUUUAAUUUUUAAUAAAUUCUU